AUGAGCAAAGUCUUGUCUCGCUCUGAGAUCAUAGACAUGAUCACAGAUGGAAAAGCCAUAGUCAUUUACAAGAACAAUGUCUUGAACCUCACUCCAUGGAUCCCAAGACACCCUGGAGGUGAAAUGGCUGUCUACCACAUGAUUGGACGCGAUGCCACAGACGAGAUGAUCGCGUAUCACAGCAAAGAAACAGUAGAUACCUUCACGAAAUGGAAAGUAGGCAAGAUCGACUACUACUGGGAGAAUUUGCUCCCACCGAUCCAGGGUGCUGUAUACCGUAAAGAGAGCAUCACUGGCCAAAGUCGAAGCGUUCGUGAAUCGUUGGACAGCAAGUUGGAUAACGAGUCUACCAGUUCGUUUGAAGAGAUAGGAACCUCGAUUUCGUCUUCCACCAGUUCCAUACCAGACACAGCUAUAGAAGAGUACAAGGGUUUGGGAUACCCUUCUGCUGUUAAACCAGUUGUUCCGCAAAAUAUGUUGAUAACAGAGGAGAAUAAGAACACCUUGUUUCCUGUGACUGAAGAAAUCAAUCCGAAGAGCUCUGCUAUAGUAAACCCAAAAGUAUUGAUGCACAAUUACGAUAAUGGACUUACCCAUCAAGAUCUUGCCAGUUUGCCUUCCUUGGAUUACAAAACUCAACAACAUCUUCGUGACAAAUACACAGAGUUGCACGAGCUAGUCAUUAGAAACGGACUUUAUGACUGUAAUUACUGGGAUAUUUUUAGAGAAUUGGUGAAGAUUGGCAGCUUGUUUCUCUACUCUUUUUCUUUCUUGAAGCUUAACUGCCUCUUCUUAUCUGCUGUUUGUAUGGGGAUGGCCUGGCACCAGAUGACUUUCAUUGCUCAUGAUGCUGGACAUGUAUCUAUCACUCACAACUACCAAUUCGACAAUUUAUUUGGUAUGGUCAUAGCUGAUUGGUUUGGUGGAUUGAGUCUUGGUUGGUGGAAGAGAAAUCACAAUGUGCACCAUUUAAUCCCCAACGAUCCAGUGCAUGAUCCGGACAUCCAACACCUCCCUUUUUUCGCUGUCAGUGUCAGGUUAUUCGACAACGUCUACUCUACAUACUACAAAUGCUUCUUGUGGUUUGACAAGGCAGCUGAAAUCUUCAUUCCUUUCCAGAACUACUUGUACUAUCCUAUCUUGAGUUUUGGCAGAUUUAACUUGUACUUCUUGUCGUGGCUGCAUUUGAUCAGAGGGCUCGGCCCAAGACACGGCAAGGCUGCUUGGUUCAGAUAUUUUGAGAUCUGUGGCUUGAGCUUCUUUUUCUACUGGUUUUUCUAUCUUGUAGUUUACAAGUCGAUCGAUGGAGGCUGGAAUAGAUUCAACUAUGUUCUUGUCAGUCACGUUGCCACGAUGUUGGUCCAUGUGCAAAUCACAUUAUCACACUUUGCUAUGUCGACCUCAGACUUGGGCGUCAGCGAAUCGUUUCCUUCUAGACAAAUCAGAACAACCAUGGAUGUCGAUUGCCCAGAAUGGCUAGACUUCUUGCACGGAGGAUUGCAAUUCCAAGCCAUCCACCACUUGUUCCCAAGAAUGCCUAGACACAACUUCAGAAGAGUACAACCGUUAGUGAUCAAAUUCUGUGAAGAUGUAGGUUUAUCCUACUCAAUCUAUGGCUUUGGUGAAGGUAACGAGAUUGUCAUUGGUAAAUUGGGCGACGUUGCUAAGCAAUGUUCGAUACUAUUGGAUGCUACUAGAAAGUACGAUGGUGAUUUGUACUAGAUAUAAAUAUAAAUAUAUAUAUAGAUAUGGCAAUAUAAAUAGCUACGAGAAAAUAGUAGCUCUGAC